AUGGAGGACGACAGCAGCGACUACUUCGAGGAUGACGAGAUUCAGUUUGUCGGGUUACACCGCAAGCAACGAAGUCGAAGUGGCAGUAGCGAUGUCAUCUUCGUCGAUGCCCUUGAAUUUGCAGCAUCAGCUCCGGACUCUCCAGCAAAGAAAGUCUCCGGAGAUAGGAAACUGGUAAAGACCUCAGCAAAGCGCACACCCAUUGAGAAGCUCCAACAGCUCAUGACGGACCUCUUUGAGGCCGAUGACGCAUGUAUUGAGCCCGACGACAGGGAAGAGGGAGAGACACCCCCAGAGUGUGCUGCCUUUUUCGCCGUUAUCGAUGGCCACACCGUGCUUCGGUCGGAUGUGAUUUUCAAGGUCCUCAAGACAACUUGGUCCUGUUCCAAGGCGGACGCCACUUCGACUCGCCUGGAAGACAGUAAUGAGGGACCUCUUCGCCUUCGCGAUCUGAGCAUCCAUGAAGUCGGUCGUCUUCUCAGGAUCCUGGAGCGUGGACUCAAGCUGGCCGAAGGAUUAGAACCGUUCAAGGAAGCACGCAGACCUGUUGCGACUCUGACAGGCAGACAGUCCAGAGGAAACACAAAGGGUAGCAAGAAGUUGAAGGGCAAGGAUCUCUCACUUACGCACGAUAUCGAUGAGGAAGGACCAACGUGCGCCAACGGUGAUGGCGUCGCAGACGAGCCUGAGACGCUGGGCCAGUUAAGUGAAAAGUUCGGCAAGCUUGCAUACAGCGUGCUCAGCGCCAAUUGCAUUCUCUCCAUUAUGGCCGGCGACGAGUUGGCCAAGCCUCUUCUGUCCGAGGACGCUAUCCAGCCAUGCUUCGAAGCUGUCAAGGCAGCUCUUGACCACGUCAUUCUGCCCUUCGUUGACGCUUGCAAUGGUUCAACGUCCAAGGGCAGCUCCAGCAUUGACACGCUCAUAUCGGCCUUGGCACCCAGUAAACCAAAAGGAAGGAAACAAAAAGACGAAAAUGGCGAAAGGGAUGGCGAUGCGGUCAGAUGCGCCAACAAUCUCGAGCAGCUGUUCAAGCAGACGUGUGCAGCCUUUUCUCAGGCGCACAAGCUUAUACAGAUGCCUUCGCUCGUCAUGUCCGAGACGAUUGUCAACAAUGCAGUAUACGCGGCCAUCGGACCAUUCUUUGCUGGCGAGCCGGAUGCAGGAAGCGGAGCGGGAACAAGUGAGGCCUCAAAGGCGGCGCACAGGGGCCGCACGGCACUGGCUGCUUUUGGGAGCGGAGUUUCGCCAAUGAAGAGCCUCAGGUUACCGGCUUUGAACUUCCUUCGCCGCAUCUUUGCGCGUCAAAAGGAGCAGCGUCAAUGGAUCAUCGAAGAGAUUCUGGCGAAUUUGACGAAGCUUCCCGAUCUCAAGAGGACGAGGAGACAGCAUGUUCUACGAAAUGGCAAGACAAUUAGCUCUGUCACUGCUCUCUUGCUGCACCUCAUUCAGUCAGCUGCCCAUGGGUUGGAUGGCGACCCGAAGGACAACGACAGUGACAUGCUGACCCUCGACAAAGGUCUUAAUGAAUCAGAAGAGAUGGAAGUCGACACGGCACAUAUGCUGCUCGACAGAGCGACCACUUCUCCCUCGUACGAUCUCGAAACUCUGAGAAAUGCGCUCGAAGGCCCCAAUCAGGCUGCCCUCGCCGUCGCCAACUACCUCGUGAACAGGAUCAGCACCGGAAAAGCCACAAGAUCGUCGACCGACAACAGCUACGCUGCGAUUCUCGAGCAGCUCGUGGGCGAUCUACAGACGACGAUGUUCUUGCCACAAUGGCCCGCCGCGGCGCUGCUUCUCAGCCAAGUGUGUAGAGGUCUGUCGGCCUUUGUCGACGAUCCCAAGGCUGCCCAAGAUGCACGAGGAAUCGCUAUCGAGCAUCUCGGCAGCACAGCAGCGCGCAUGCGCGAGUCGCAGCUCCGCAUCGCUCGACAGGAAGAGGGCAAGGCACUCUGCAGCAUUCGUCAAAUCCAAGAAGCAGAGAGUGGCGAUCGUCUCGACUCCAUCAACGAUGCGUAUGAGCUCGUCAUCGGCUAUCUUGCACGUACUGGGAACGACGACCCGGCCAGCGAGACGGCAGUCGAUUUUGUGUAUGCGCAGUGGGCGUGCGAGUUGUCUUCUUCGCUCAUCGGCAAGACAGACUCACUUAAUCUUCUCGAAGAGGCCGACGACGAUGGUUUCUCCAUGGCAAUGUCGGAUGCUACACGUCUCAGAGGACUGGUCCACGCGCUUCACCAUUGCAUGGGCCGUGUCGCUUCGGCAAGGUCUCGUCUCAUGACAGCGAACAGCACAACCGCAGAUGUCUUCAAAGCAAGGUCGGAGGAUGACUACCCGGCCGCUCAACAGACUGCCGAAGAGCUAGUUCACACAACGUCGUUUGUCCUUUCCUACGACUUUCUUCGCGCAAAGCUACUCCUGGCUCUCGAUGACAACGUCAUCAGCAAUCGAAACAAGGCGCUGCGGGGCAUCAAUAGCGUGAGCGCUGUCGACGAUCAUCUCCUUGAUGACCCAAGCGUACGUCAGCUCGUCGAAUUUCGUGUCCGUGACGAGAGUGCCAGUGUACGCGAGGCGGCGCUCGCCCUCUUGAGCAAGCACGCCUUGUCGAAGGUCGAGAACAUCGAAAGUGAUCACACCGUAAUUUUUGAAAGGAUCUUCGACACCGGCUUGGCAGUGCGCAAACGGGCACUAAUGACUCUCGAGAGCGUGUACGAGAAGACGACUUCAGAGAAGAUCCGGCUCGAGGCCAUCGCUCUAAUUAUCCGUUGUGUCAAUGACGAAGACGAUACGGUUCAAGACAUGGCAGUCGACAUCGUCGGCAGACUUUGGUUUGGUCUCGGUCCAAAUUCCGAGAGACCUUCGCCAGCCAAGAUGCGUGCUCGGAAUGCAGGUAGCGAGAUGCCCACAGCGGAGCCAUCAGAGCCAAGAUCAUCAGGUCUGGACAGGAACGGGCUCGUGCCUGGUACGGAACAUUGCCUCGAGACGAUCAUAUCAGUCACAGCGAAGCUUCAAGAGAGGCCGUCACCCCUGGAGUCUAUCUUCCGCCGCCUAUUCAAGAAGCUGAGCGAAGGCGAGGCCAGCAUGCUCACGGCGAACAUGCGCAUCCUCAACGACGCCAUGAUCGACUCCCUGGUGGCCGCUGAAGAAGCUGAGACCGAGAGCUUUGUCAAUCGGGUCAAGACAGUUCAUCUUUUUGUCCAUUGCAACCCCACGAUUCUCUCCAUCACAAAGGCUAAAGCGCUGGUCCCUUAUCUCAAGAGCGCCGAGAGUAACACCGACGUCUUGGUCAUGGAGCUCUUGCUGAAGAUCUUCGGUUCCUGCCUACCGUCCAUGCCUCGCACUGCACUCAAAUUUGCCGAAGAUCUCCAGCGUACACUCACACCUCUCGUCAGCAAACCGCCGAAUCGGCCCGGAUCUAGCGUUCUCCAGGAGCUCAUUGCUUGUUAUUGCACUGUGAUCAAGACUCAUACGCACAACUUUGCUAUGGUGGCAAAGUCUUUGCAGGCUUGCUUGACUCGCCUCGACAGAACUCGACAGAUGGUGGAGAAGGGAGCCAUGACCCAACUCGACGUCACGACGAAGCUUAUCAUGUCCAUGACAGCGUUAUUUACCGAAAAAGCCGACGUUGACGCCCUUCGUCGAGAGCAUCCCGAGUGCGCUUCCGACAUCGAUUUGAUCAGCAAGGGCUGCAUCAGUGAUCAGGUCUUUGAUGCCUUCCUCGCUCUCUACAACGCACGCAACGGAGCCUUCAGAUCGGCCAGUCUCCAGUGCAUGGGCUUCCUUUUCCGAGCUUUUCCUUCUCUGAUGAUCCGCGAGAGCACGUUCGAAAUCAUGGACGACGUCUUCGACAAUGGCAAGAUGGAGGACCGAGACCUGCUCCUUCGAGUGAUCAUGGUGUAUCUGUCGACGGAACAGGCCCGUUACGAUCCUGAGGCCCGCUGUCCUGCGAAGACGAAGCGACCUUCCACAACCGCUGCUGAGGGGGUCGACAUGGGCGAGCUCGUAGGAAAUACGGACCAGCUUGCAGAGUCUGGCGUUGGUGCAACAUUGAUCCAACGUUACCUCUCACACGUGCUCGGAGCUGCCCUUCGUUUUGUAUCACCGCAGAUGCAAAGGACCGCCAUGGACGUUCUGCACUUUACCGUCAUGCAGGGACUCUGUCAUCCUCUCGACUGUGUACCGACACUUGUGGCUCUCGAAACUCAGGCUGACUCAAGGAUCAGUGGCCGAGCACUUCAACUUCAUGAUCAUCUCUGGUCGAAGCACAUCUCGAUCAUCGCAACGCGCUAUCUGGAGAUGACCAGGACUGCUUUUGAAUACCAGAUAGGGCAGCAACAGCGAGCAGGAGACCUUCGAGGCUUCCGCAUGGAUGCAGAGCAGAGGCCAUGUGCACUGCUGCAGCCGUGGUAUAGCCUCGUGGGCGAGCGUCGGGACAAGAGGCUCGACUUCUUCAAGGCUCUGACAAGAGCGCUCGACGUCGACACGCUCAAGUCGAAGACGUCUGAGGCUGAUGUGCACUUUGCCCGAUUCGUUGCGGACAACCUUGCGACGCUUCACUACAAUUCGAACGAAGAGGUGUUCUUUGUCGUUGAUACACUCAAGAGGACGCUCUCGAUCGCAGGAGUUCAGGUACUCGAGAUCAUCGAGGGAGAGUUGGACAAUAACGGAGAUGAAAGUAGCGACGAGGAAGAGGACGAAGACACGGAUGAAGGGUUCGCAGACGCAGACGAGGAGCGCAAAGAGCACAAGCCCAAUCAGAAGAUGGCAAGAGGGAGCAAAGGCAAGUUUAGCAAGACAACCACCGCUGCAAGAAUGGCCACCGUCAUGGGCAUCGCAUUACUGCUUCGCAACCACCUCAAAGCCCUUUACGGCCUGACCGAGGCCCGUUGCGCGAAGUACUCGUCUCAGCCGAGGAGGCGGUACGGUCCAGGGGCCGACAAAGCACAACGCAAGGAUCUCGAGCACCAGAGCGAUGCCGCGCUCGACCUUUCGCUGCUGUCGGGCGCUUUCCUCGUGGCAAAUGAAGGGAACGAGGAGCUUUCUCAACAGCACAUGAUGACUUUCGAAGAGCUCAUGCGUCAGGACGGAACGAUUGCGGAGCCAGAGGACGACUUUGCCUUGGACGAUUGA